CAACGAAACCCUCAAGAAUAUCAAUACUCCUUUUUGGAGGACCUGGAUAUUUGAGAGAAUAAAUAAAGUGAAUAUAAAAAAUAUUAAGAAUCCAUAACGAUCCGAGCUGAAAUCGAGUGUGAAAUCGUUUCCGGACGGAUGUUUCAGUGGUUAACGCGCGUUAUCGUUCGGAGCGAGUCGAAGUGAAGUCGCCGGUUGUUACACGACGACACGCUACUGAUAAACAAGCCCUUUCUCCAUUGCUGUAAACUGUGCGUUUCAUACUCGCGUUGUGUUUGCGCUAAAGUUGGUUCAUAAAAGAAGCCCAACUGUUUAGCAUAAUGGCUCUGUGGCUAAUGUCGUGGCAAAGUCGUAACAGAUGCAUUGCAUUAAUACUGGCAGUGCUAGCAUUACAACCGUUUCCCGCCAGAUCACUUCCUAUACCGCUAGCCGAACGAACUUGCCCAGAUAGUGACAUCAACUUCUACCUCUACACACGCUCCAACCCAAACAAUGGGCAGCAGAUGCGCAUCGAAGAGAGUUUGGAAAAGUCAAACCUCGGCUCGUACUUCAAUUCUUCGCUUCCCGUAAAGGUGAUCAUCCAUGGCUACAAUGCCAAUAUGUUCCUUUCGCAACUGAUGAAGAUGAAAACCGAGUACCUCGCUCGGGGAAGUUACAAUCUGAUCUACGUCGACUGGAGUGAACUGGCGAGCGGUUCAUGGUAUCCAUCCGUCGUCUCCAACACACCCCACGUUGGCAAUUGCAUCGGUCAGAUGGUUAAACGAAUCACCGAGGCGGGUGCGAGCGAUGUACAUCUGAUAGGAUUUUCACUUGGCGCCCAUGUGGCCAAUUAUGUGUCAACCACGGUUAAACCGUUACGUAUACAACGCAUCACAGGCCUCGAUCCUGCGGUAAAUUCGAUCUUUGGAAAGCCGGUAGAUGAUAGACUCGAUCCAUCGGACGCCGAUUUCGUGGACGUCUUCCACACUAACGCCUUGAUGCAGGGAAAGAUCGGAACAUGCGGACAUGCAGACUUUUACUUUAACGGAGGAAGCGUACAGCCCGGUUGUUGGAAACGAGAUUUCCUGGCAUGUAAUCACCAUCGAGCAUUAGACUACUACGCAGAAUCCAUCCGCAGCCAAACCAAGUUCUGGGGUCGGAGCUGCAAGAGUUACUUUUACUACGCGUUCGGUUACUGCGAGAAAAACCUGCAGGUUGUGGCGGGAGAGGAUUGUCCCAGCGAUGCUAGGGGCACAUUUAUGCUCUCGACCAAUGCACAGUCCCCGUUCGCAAUGGGCCGAUAGUCGGGGGCUAUAAGCAGAUUAGGAAUGAUCUGAUCCCGUAAAAGCACACGAACAAUUUAACAUAAAAAUGAACGAAGACAGGGAAAAGAAUAUUUACUCGUCG